AAAUUACGAGUGGAACGAAUCAUUGGGGGAAUUGUGACCGCAAAGUUAUUUCCAAACGAAAAAUGCCGCUCCUGGAGUGACGUGGUAUUGCGCAUGUUCUGCCCUUAAAUCGAACACAAUGUCCUGACAUCUGGUGCACAUUUCACGAUAUUUUUAUGAGAACUUGGAGGUGAUAUGUCGGUACUUUCUUUGUUAAGAAACCCGGCUGGUAACCAUACUACCUGUGGUUUCUUAAUCACUCCGACAGUUCCCUUAAACCGUGAUAAUUUACAACAAAAAAGAUUCCGCUACUCGAGGUUCGCUGCAAAAGGGUGGGAAAUUUAGCGAAAUCCGGCCAAUUCUGCAAAAAUGCAACGACUUCAAAAAUAUCAUUGACAACACGCGCAAAAACAAGUUCUAAUAGCAGUAACGUUCGCUGUAGAUCGUUUCAAUGUGGGAUACAAGUCUCCAUCAGAUAACAAAGACCCAAAGCGGAACAUCCAAUCAACAAAUUUUCUGCACUCGUCAGUAUAGCUCAACCGCAAGUUAACUGUUAUAGCUGCACUACAGCUCGUGACGUUUUGCUAAUUCCCGCGCUCAUUUUUUCCAUGAGAUCUGCGCUGCGCAAUCCAUGUACCUCAUUGAGAGCUUUGUUGAAGUUCAAGGCACGAAAAACGACGGCAUUGUUGAAAUGUAACGCUGUCGUGUUGACCGUUUGACAGUCACAAUCGGCGCGGUCUGUUUGUGGACAGUAUCGAUUUCUGUGCGCAUUCUCCGAUCGGCCUAAUCUCAGCGAGAGAAAGUCCUGCUAAUUACUUGUGAUACGACAAACCUGUGCCGCGACGUGAAACCCUACCGUUUUCUAUCUUUUAAUCCUCGGAAAUGUACCCAAGAACUUACGAGUUUGUUCAGCCUAACUCGUAUUCUUACGCUCCACAGAAUUUUCCAGGAGCACUGCACUAUGCUUACGGCUAUUCCCAACCGCGAUGCACUAACUACAGCUCACUUCUACAGCCACAGGCUCAGCAGCCAAGAGCGCAGUAUCCUCCGCCUCGGCUAUCGCACCCAACCGAUCAACAGAGCGGACAUCACCGCAGUCAGACAGAAGAUCGUCCUUCGUGCAUGCUUCAAGAAAUUUGGAGACCAAACUUGAGCUGUUCUAGAAGUGAUCGUGAGCAGUACGAGCAGGAAAACGACGCAGAAUCGGUCGAGGACGGUGUCACAGAUUCACCUUCUUCGGAGGAAAAAACGAGAGCAUCCACUGACAGCAAGAAGCGGAAAGAAAGAACAGCUUUCACGAAACAUCAGCUCGAAGAGCUUGAAAACGAAUUUCUUCGCAACAAUUACCUGACAAGAUUGCGGCGGUACGAGAUUGCGGUGAGUUUGGACUUGACCGAGAGACAGAUAAAGGUUUGGUUUCAAAAUAGACGAAUGAAGUGGAAGCGAAUCAAGGGCAAACCGCUCCAAAAGAAGAGUAGUUAUUCCGUUGAGCUGGCUGAGAGAGAAACGGCAACUUAAUUACAGUAACAAAGAGAAACGAAAUGAACUGUGAUCUAGCCUCUUGGCUUGUUUGAAAAAAGAAAAAGAAACUGUAUUUGGAUGGACUAUGAAAUGAAGGAGAGAAAGGCUAAGCUUAAAUUCAAGCAUUAUUUAGAAGUUUGAGCAAACAAAGGACAAAAGUACAUUUUUGAUCAUGGACAAAAGAGGAAACAUAUGUAAAUGACAAAUCACUGGCAAUUCAUCUUUGUCAUUUAAAGUAACUGAAAUGCCUUAAAACAAUUGGCUACAGUUUUCGGAUGGAAUUGUGAUAAGAAAAAGCAGCGGUGGAAAAAGAAAUGCAACUGCCUGGAUUUCUGGCUGGUUAUUUUUUGCAAAUUAAAUUUGCAAAUUAAAUUUGCAAAUUCCCCACUGGAAAAAUCAUUUUUUCAUGGCAUGACUUCCGAAUGUGUUAAACAAAACUCCAAUCCUUUAUUUUGCCUCGCAGAAUGGCACAUUUUUAUUUGUAGGUAAAAAGCGCUGCGUUUUACAGUUAGGUAACUGGUGACUGUAUAGUUCGUAUUCAGAGAAAUAAUUUUCCUCAAAGCUGAAUUCGCUGCAUAAAGGUUCGAGUUUCUUCGUAAUGUUCUCGUCCAAUGUGAUUUAAUGUAGAUAGGCCAAGUUUUUGAGAGACUGAGUUGUUUCGCUUGUUUUUGCAUGUAUUAUUUUGUUGUUGUUGUCUCCCUCAGGAUUUUUCUUGUUCACCUUGAACAACAAAGUUCGUAUAUAACGUCCAACUAAAGCUUGAUGCGUAACAAAGAUGAGCCAUUCCGUGCAGUCAACGUUUAUUAAUCAUGAAACCUUACAGAGGACCUUAUGUAGCAAUUACUAACCAAUUUUUUUAUCAAAUGAGCACUGUUGUAGCUGAAAUCUAGCUAACCACACCAUACGAAUUUUAACGGAUUCCACAUGCAUUGUCGUUGGAUUUUAGAUUUUGUACAGUUGAAAUCACACAGUUAACUUAUUUUGGUUGAUUUGAAAUGUUCUGGCAGCUUACAAACUGUUUAAUAUAUUACUACUGUAUAGCAGUUCAUGACAGUUUGUAUAUCAACUCCCUUCGGAUCGACUUUCGUACCACGUUUUGCAAUGCAACACAACCGGCCUAGCAUUCUCCCGACCCGUCAGUAAAACCAGUAUUUGCGAAUUUGCAACUGCUUCAGUAAGUAGCUAUAAAGUAUAACUAACAGGUUCAAUAAAAUCUUGAAAUGAUAUAACUUGAUCAGCCUCCUUUUCACACUUUCCUUAACGGUCUCAAACUAAAUUCUCGCAUCAAUCGUUGGCUUUGAAUUUUCCUCAGCUGUUUUUGCUGCAGUUUUAGUAGAGAAUUCAACAACUUGUAUUUGGCAACUAAUCGUCUGGACGCUUUCUAAUCAACGUGAAUGGGUCGGUCGGAACAAUUUCCUUCAAUUUGAGCUCUGACUUGUGACAAUUCGUCACCAAAUCGCGAGUUUCUUACCUCAGUAAGACUGUCUUUCAUUGAGCUCUAUUUCUAUCGCCUUUUUUUCUAAUCAAUUAGCCCGUUGCCGCUUUCCGCACAAUGGAAGUGCCAAAACUUCAAAGUGAUGGAAACUUUAUUGACAAUUCGACAGACACACCGCAAUUUUCAAAUCGUUCCAAACUCGUACUUAUCGUAAUAAACGUCAAACUGAAAACGGAAGCUAUUGAACAAUACAUGGCCCUCCAUUUCAAAAACACCUUUCCCCAAAAUGAGCACGAGAACAUGUAAUUUUAACCGGAAUUCCAAGCGUUUUUAGUCGGGAAACAUCUGGAAACCGUUUGGGAGCAAUGAGAACAUUUGAUCACCCUAAGCGCUUCCGACUCGAGAAGGGUCACUCCGCCACUACCGUCGGUCGGCGGUGUGUGUUAAAUGUUCACUUCAAGACCUUGAUGAAAGUCCGUCAGUUGAUAUGUCAUGGAUAGCGAAUUGACGCAAGCCCCCUUCGUGUUGAAAUGAUCACUGCAUGAUUCCAAAAGUCUACCAAGGGGACAACAGACGUCAGAUCUUAACAUUUUAGACAUUUUUUUCAGGUUCCAACUGAGU